UCUAUAACCAAUCAAGUACCAGAGCUAUGAGAUAUAACCGGAAGGUGCUGAGUCCCGACAGUGCUCGUGUUUCGACCUGGAGCUGUUGACGCGAUGGCCACUUCCACGCUCACGUUUGUGAUUGUGGGGCAAGAGGACCACCCCAUAUAUGAAGUGGACUUGACGGGGCCGAAGGAGCAACAAACGCAAUACUUGCAUCAGUUCGUGCUACACGCAUCGCUUGACGCCGUUGACGAGCAGAUGUGGCUCAGUAAGGAGCCGCACCUCAAGAUUGUGGACCGUUUCAACGGCCUCAACGUGACGGCAUUUGUCACGCCGGGAAACACACGCUUUCUCAUGCUGCACGACGGCCGCAACGACGACGCGAUCAGGGCUUUCUUCACGGAAGUGUACGAGCUGUACAUUCGGAUUAUGCUGAACCCGUUCCACUCGCCGACCAGCCGCAUCACCAGUCGGGAGUUUGACCGCAAAGUCAAGGUGCUGGCCAAGCGCCUGAUUGGGUAGAAUGCGGGUGGCCCGAUGACGGCAGCACAGGCUUGGAGGCACCAGCGUUGUGGUGAGAGGCCGUCGAAGCCAGGGAAGGUCUCCCCUGGGUGAAGCGCUUGGCCGUGCGCAGCGGCCUCGCCUUGGUAGUUUGCGCGCGGAAUUGUCAGGACGCUGCCAAGGCCGGGGAGAAAGGACAAGUGGACAAGCUCGCGCGCCUCGUGGGCGCAACGGCUGUCAACAGAUAUAGCAUCGCCAGUGCCCAGGGCGUCUGCUUGGUCUACAUACAUGAACGAACGAAUGGACGAAUGGUAAACUUAUUGGUACUGAUAUUCACCGCUUGCCGGCGGCGCAUGCGGGGCUUGGCACGGCUACUGGGCAUGGAGCUUUGGGCCUAUGCCACUUGGACCGCUCUAUUCGCGCAAAGUGUAGCGGCCGCUAUGAAAUCCAGAGAGCAAACUAGAGCAUUAAGAUCGGAGGCAUUGCUGUACCAUAUGUCCAUGUGCUAUGAAGGAAGAGAGGAAGCUCCGUGUGUGGGCAACGGCGAUGGGGCAGGACGCAGGCGGUGUGGGGAGUAGUACGGUAACCAGAGUUAAACCGUAUACAAGUGCGUCCCUGAAGCACCUAAGGACUGACGUGGGGGAAGUGUAUGCAUGUCGUGUGGACUGUGGAGCAUUUGUACUCACGUUACCGGAGAUCCGACGACCGACGUCUAACCCUUCCCCGCACAUUCCUCUACGUGUUCGUUGCCACGUUGCUGGACCGGGUCUCAGGCCUGCCCUCUGCGCAAGUCUGUAGCAACAUUCGUGCCCCGGAAGUGUCGAUGCUACUCAUUCGUACCCCGGAAGUGUCGAUGCUACUCACUCCGA